CACAUUUCAGAGAUGGCAGGGGUACAAUGGUGUGAUCUGUGUAAGGUCCAAAUAUCAUCGAAAGUGCUGCUAAAUAUGCACGAAAAUGGCAAACGUCACCAUAAAAGGGUUAUGGAGCGUGACGCAAUGCUGGCCUUAGCAGCCCGAUCGGUUUUUAUUUCUGGAUUAAAUCCUGAAAUUGCCGUCACCGAGAGCGAGAUUUCAAAUGCCCUCAGCUGUUUUGGAAAAGUAGAAAGAGUUCAUUUAGAUAUAAAAAGCGGUAAAUAUGUGAUCGUCGAAUUUGAUGAAGAAUUUUCGGCUCAUAAAGCAAUUUUUGAAGAUAAAGUCCGUAUUGGGCGUGUAAGUUUUAUUGUGGCUUUAGCUGCGGAAAGAAUCGGCACAAAACUGCCUGGAAACACAAAACUUUCACAAAACUGCCUGGAAAGUAAAUUUCUACGAAAUCGGUUCUAUUUUCUUUUUUUGCUGGACCGCUUGUAACUUUAUAUUUUACUAUUGUUUGUUUUAAUAUAUAUUUUUCUUCACGCAAGUUAUCAUUGUAAAUCCAGCAAGUCGUACCGGUACGAGCACGCAGUAUAAAUUUCGAUCAAUGUAAGGCAAAUUCAAAAAUACAUGUAAUCGAUACUGAUAAACUUAUUAAUGAAAUAAAUGGCUCGACUACAUUUGCUGGGCAAGUGGAUACCUUAUUAAAGCUGUAUUGUCUCAGUGAUGUCGAGGUUGAAGAACGAACCAACUGUACCCAAAUGCUUGCAGUGGCAUUCAGCAAUUACUUCUCAUCAGAUGUUCAUGUCCGAAUUUUUGGCUCUUCAUUAACAUCUCUUGGUACGAAGGAUUCCGACAUUGAUGCAAGUUUGUUUUUCAAUGUACCGCUUACGGAAGCAACUUGUGCGGGGGAUUUAGCCAGGAAUAAAUAUAUAUUGCUGACUUGCGACAUUACUGCAUUAAGAGGGCGUAAAGUUUGUGCAGAGGAAUAUGCUAGGCUGUCUGAGGCUGAUCGUGUUCGUCUGUUGAAUAAAAUAGUGAACGACAUACGUAAGCGUGGCACGGCACUUGUCACUGGUCAAUAUCCAAUACUAGACGCUCGUUGUCCGCUUGUGCGACUUAUCGUUAAUCGGAAACAUACCAUGGACUUAUCAGUGGAUAAUUACCUUGGCUACGCAAAAUCCAACUGGCUUAGAAGUAUCGUACACUGUGAUUCCUCACAACUUAUUCGGAAAUUUCUUGUGUCCUUCAGGUUUUGGGCUCAUAUAAAUGAGCUGUUGAAGGUUGAUGAAAGACAGCGAUCACAUUUCAAUGCAUACAUAUUGAACCUGCUGUGCGUAAUAUAUCUGCAGUUAUACAAUUAUAUACCUCCUCUUCAACGUGCUCAAAAAGAAGUGGUUGUAAAUGGGUGGAGGAUUGAUUUCGUUGUUGAUCAUGUGGAUUUAUCCUGCCUAACACUUGAGAAAUUGUUUAAGGAUUUUUUUAUUUGGUUCGUUCAACUAAAGUUGAAGGACACAAUACUGUGUCCCUAUCUAGGUAAUACUGUUUCGUUCGAUCAGUUCCAGCAGUUAUAUCCAGACAGCAGCGUUCGGAGCGUUUUCAAACUUGCACAUUUGAACAUUCAGGAUCCUCUGGAAUGGUCGCAUAAUGUUUCCAUGUUGGUUUCUGAGAAGUAUAUCAGUGCAAUGCGUCGUCAGAUGAUGUUUGCAUUGUCGCGUACGAAAAUAGUACCGGACUCAUUCUUAGCUGUGUUGCAGGAAAUAUGUGAUAUUGGUGCUGCGGAGAAGUCGUCUUUAGAUUAUACGCUGGAAAUCCACGUUGGCGAUUAUCAAGCGGACCAGUGCAUGAAUGCUGUAAAUCAUAUAUUCGUCAAUAUAUUAGCAUUCUUACCAGCCGUAGAACCAUUUGGAAAACGACCACGACUUGACGAUACUCUGAAUGAGUUGUAUCGUGUCUAUUUAACUAAGCGGCGUACUUGGGUGGGUCGGAGACAGAAACGGCGUCAAAUUAUGCGGGAAUAUUCCGCGCUGUUAAACAAUCCAAUAGCUCUGGAGGGAGCAGUUACACAGCAAAUCAAUCAAACCAGCGCGGAAACAUCGCUUUGUUUUAAAACAUAUGUGAAACAAAAAGCUUCGGAAUGCUCCCUUAAAUUCGUUUUGAUCAAUGGAUCACCGAUGGAAUUUAACAGUCUCAUCCACUUCUUACAGCACUUUAUCCCUGCUCACCUCAGCAAGCUUUUAUCGUCCCCUUUCGAUGUACCUAUGGAAUGAUUUGCUCACUUUAAGUUUUUCGAAGGCUUAAUCAAAAACUAUUAAAACAUGUGCUUUUUUUUUCAGUGGACUUGAAAUUUAAACAUGAGGAAAAUUUGAAUGGUGGUAAUUACACAUCUUUGUUUUAUUUUCCAAGAAUUAGUGUUGAAGAAAUCAUGAUUACAUUUAUAGAUCUCUGUAUAUAAAAAUGUCAC